AUGUCUUAUGUAGAGCAUGGACCUCGUGUUUUCUUAAUUGGUAGACACAAUAACAAUAUGCCAUUAGCCUAUGGUGAUUAUAUUGUUCCAAAAAAGAGAUUAGAAGGUCGUUUAAAAAUGUAUGAAUCUUGUUCAGAUAUUAGAGCUUGGAGUUCUAAUCCUUUAGAAACUUCACGAUAUUUUCGAGAACUUGCAGAACAUACUUCUCUGUCUGGAAAAAUAAUACCAUUUAAUGUAGUUGUCGAGAACAUCAUAGGUCUUACUUCACAAGCUCAAAAUGAACUACAAAUACUACGUAAAGAAUUAAAAAAAUAUAAAUCUCUUAAAUUAACAACUGAGCAAGAAAAACAUUUACAAACUUUUGAUAAUCAAAUUAUCGCAGAUUAUCAAAAAGAAAAACAGUAUAAAGACAACAGCAUAUUAAAAGCAUCAUUAAAAGAAAGCUUUAAAAUUAUCGAUAAAUCUAUUUCUUUGCCACAUUUAGAUUCAUAUUUAUCUAUUCAAUUUAAUCAUGAACAAAAUAUUCAAUAUAACGAUAGACAUUAUCGAGGCUUUUCAUUGUUCAAUCAAAUAGAUUCACUGUCAUGCAAAGCUUCUUAUUUAUUGCCAAAGUUAAAAUCAAUAUAUUUUUCUUCAAAAAGUGGGAACGUUGAAAGAAAUAAACAUUUAAAUGUGGAAACAGAUAUUCUUACAAAUUUAGAAGAUAAAUAUACCCAAGUUGCAUGCAUAGAAUAUGCUGAUAUAUCUGUGCAAGUCAUAUGGGAUAUGUAUGAGACAGGAACUCAAACUGAUUGUCUAAUGGAGUAUAUAACAUCUAGCGAAACUAAAAUUUCUUCGAUCAGAAUCGAGAGUGAAUCUGAAUCUAAUAGUAUCACUGAAAGUGAAUUUGAUAGUGAAUUUAAUGAAAAAUCUCAUAAAGAGAUUAUUAUUCAAAAGGAUAGCGAAAUAAUUGCAUUAAAAAAUGAAUUUAGUGCAAAAGAAGCUGAAGUUGAAGAAUUAGAAAUUAUGUUGAAGGAAAAGGAUGAAACUUUGGGUACCCUUAGAAGAGGACUUAAAUUAUACACAAAUACGUGUAUAAUGGAGCAAUUAAAAAUGGAGUUGACUAAAAAGUGUGAUUUCUCUUUUUUACAAUCACAAGAAAUAGAGAAAUUAAGAUUACAUGUUAAAGACACUGCUAUUUUACUUGCCGAAAAAGAUUCGCUAGUGAAAAAGGUAAAAGAAAUGGAACAUCUUUCGAAAGAAGCAGAAAAUUAUCGACUUACUCUUGACGAAUUAAAAACAGCUUUAUGUGAGAAGGAUGAAAUACAAAAGCAAAAUUUAGAACAAAAAUGUAUACUUAAUGAUCAAGAGGAUGAAAUAAAACGUCUACUGAUAUUAAUACAACAAAUGUCUAGUACUCAUAAUGAUCAACAGACAGUUACACUAGAAAAUGUUAAAAAACAUUCUAAGGAAUCUAUAUGUAGUUCUCAUUUAAAUUAUCAUUUCAUUUCAUCUGAUUCUAAUUCAGAAGUUGAUGAAUCCAAUGCAAUGAUGCUCAAGCGAACACAGACAUCACAAAAAAAUCUAUUAGAAAAUAUACAAUUCAGUUGGGCUAAUACUGAAACGAUUAAUAAUGCAGUAAUGCAUGAGUACACAGAUUUUGAAAAUCAUUCAAAUAAAGAUACAUCUGAACCAGACUCAUGGAAUUCAGCAAAAACUGAAGUAUCAAUAUUAACUAUUAAUGAUAAUACAAAUAUUGAAAAUAUGGUAGUUGAAGAAGUAUCAAGAUCACUUAUAAAAAUGCAAUUUCUUAUGAAGCAAUUACAAGUAUAUGCUGAAAGAGAACGACCAUCUUUAAUUAAACAAAUCCAUGAUCUCUAUAAGGUUUUAAUCGAUAAUAAAUCAGUAAUCGUGUGGUCUCCAGAAUCACAAGAAACUUUAAUUAAAAAUAAAUUGUUAGAUCUAAAUGAUGAAUACAUCGACAAGAUUUUUACAACUCAAUUUAAAUGUUCUAUUAAUAAAUUGAAUGAACUAUCUAAAGCUCUUAAAGAAAAAAUUCGAAUGGGUGAAGGUGAUUGCGUGAGACCGGAGAAAUCAGAAUGGGAUAUGAUUAAAGAAAAUUUCAGAGCACUUGAUGUCGAACUUAAUCAAAAAAAUCAACUAAUUAAACAAUUGCAAGAUACACAUAAAUCAAAUAAUGUUACAUUAUCAGCAUUGCACUUAUUGCAAGAAGAAAAUACUAAUCUGCGAAAAAAACUUGAUGAUGCUAAUGAAAUCAUUUGGGGAAAUAAUAAAUUAAUAAAAGACUUAAAAGAUAAACAAGAGGAUGAUAAACAUAACUUUGCAUCAACGCUUCUUGAAUACAACACACUGCUUGCAAAAAGAGAAAAUAUAAUUAAUAAUUUAGAAAAAAUAGAGAAAGAUAAUACAGAGAAGCUCUUAAAGAUACAGAAUUUAAUUCAUGAAGUUGAAAACAAAAAUUUAGAAAUAGAAAAUUUAAGAAAUCGUGUAAACGAUUUAUCCGAAGAAAAUGAUAGUCUUUGUAAACAACUUAUGUUUCACAAGGGAAAUUAUGAAGAUAAAUUGACAAUAUUAAAGAAGAAAUACGAUAGCAGCAUAAAAGAUGCAUCUACGGAAAUACAACAUAAACAGACAAAACUACAAGAAGACAAAUUACGAAUUCUAAAAAACCAUAAUUUAAAGCUUAAAAAUCAUGAUUCUUCUAAGACAUUGAUGAAUCUACAGAAACAUUCAUUACAUAAUAAGGAUGAAAAUAAGAGUAAAGUAAAAAACUUCUUUCGUAAUAUUGCUUGGGAAGAAACGAUAUUUUUUGAUCCAACUUCUCAUACAAAUAAAUACAAAAAUAUCUUAAAUUCAAGAUUGAAUAAUAAUGAGAAAAAAUAUGCGAAUAGAAAUGUAACAUCGAUAUCUGCUAACAGAACAAUAACAAAAAAUACCAUUGAUUGGCAAAGAAAUAAUUUCAUUUAUCAAUGUAGUGUACAUCAUAAAAAAAGUAACAUUUGUUGA